AGGGCGGAGUCAGUGUGCAGAAACGUACGUGCGUUUUUACUCAGUUUACUGCUAACAAGGAAGCCACACCUGGACGGACCUGGACGUUACCUAAUUCACCACUUUCUUUAUCUAGUUAACAGAUAUUUCUUGUUUUUUUGUCCGGUUUCACUGUAAACUGAGGUCAACAUGUCCUCGAUGGACUUGGAGAAGCUGAAGAUGACGGGAGCUGGUCGAGCCAUGGCACUGCUGACCAGCGGUGGAGAUGCACAAGGGAUGAAUGCUGCUGUCCGAGCUGUGACUCGAAUGGGCAUCUAUGUGGGGGCCAAGGUCUAUCUUAUUUAUGAGGGAUACCAGGGCCUGGUGGAUGGGGGAGACAACAUCAAACUAGCACACUGGCACAGUGUGACCAACAUCAUCCAACAGGGCGGGACUGUGAUAGGUAGCGCCCGAUGCAAGGCCUUCACAACUCGGGAGGGCAGGCUUGCUGCUGCCUUCAACCUGGUGAAGAAAGGCAUUACCAACCUGUGUGUGUGUGGUGGAGACGGCAGCCUCACCGGAGCCAACAUCUUUCGCAACGAGUGGAGCAGUCUGCUGGAGGAGCUCGUACUGAAAGGAAGGAUCAUAGACUCUCUGGCCAAGCAGCAUGACCACCUGAACAUCGUGGGGCUUGUGGGCUCUAUCGACAAUGACUUCUGCGGCACUGACAUGACCAUCGGCGCUGACUCUGCGCUGCACCGCAUCAUGGAGAUAAUUGAUUCUAUCAUGACCACGGCACAAAGCCACCAGCGCACCUUUGUUCUGGAAGUUAUGGGGCGACACUGUGGAUAUCUGGCCUUGGUGUCAGCACUGGCAUCUGGUGCAGACUGGCUCUUCAUGCCAGAGGCUCCUCCUCAUGAGGACUGGGAGGACCGUAUGUGUGCACGUCUAGAGGGGAGCCGCUUAACAGGGUCAAGACUCAACAUUAUAAUCAUCGCAGAAGGAGCCAUCGACAGAAAUGGCAAGCCGAUAUCCUCAACUUACGUAAAAGAUCUGGUGGUAGAGAGGCUGGGUUAUGAUACCAGAGUGACAGUUCUCGGCCAUGUUCAGCGAGGAGGAACUCCCUCAGCGUUUGACAGAAUACUGAGCAGUAAGUUGGGUGUGGAGGCGGUGGUCGCCCUGAUGGAGGCCUCUCCUGACACCCCAGCCUGUGUUAUCGGCCUGUCAGGUAACAAGGCUGUUCGACUGCCUCUGAUGGAGUGUGUGGAGAUGACUAAGUUGGUGCAGACUGCCAUGAACGAGAAGAGGUUUGAGGAGGCUGUCAAACUGCGUGGAGGGAGUUUUGAGAACAACUGGAACAUCUACAAGCUUCUUGCCUUCCAAAAGCCCACCCAGUCUAUGAGCAAUUUCUCCUUGGCUAUUCUGAACGUGGGAGCUCCGGCUGCAGGGAUGAAUUCAGCGGUGAGGUCUGCUGUGAGGUUGGCGCUCGCUCAAGGACACAAGGUCUACGCUGUCCAUGAUGGCUUUCAAGGACUUGCCUUUGGAAAGGUCUUUGAGAUGGACUGGCACAGUGUUGCAGGAUGGACGGGCCAAGGGGGCUCACUGCUGGGGACAAAGCGAACUCUUCCAAACAAACACAUGGAGAAGAUUGUGGAAACCAUCACUAAGUUUGAAAUCUCGGCUCUUCUUGUAAUUGGAGGGUUUGAGGCGUACGCAGGUGUGCUGCAAUUGUUUGAAGCCCGGGGUCGCUAUGAUGAGCUUUGCAUCCCCAUGUGUGUAAUCCCGGCUACUAUCAGCAACAACGUUCCUGGAACUGACUUCAGCCUGGGAGCGGACACGGCUGUCAAUGCUGCCAUGGCGAGUUGCGACAAGAUCAAGCAGUCUGCCACUGGGACCAAGAGACGAGUGUUUGUGGUGGAGACUAUGGGUGGGUUCUGUGGAUAUCUGGCAACCUCCACUGGUAUCGCUGUGGGUGCUGACGCAGCGUACAUCUUUGAAGACCCCUUCAACAUCCACGACCUGAAGACCAACGUGGAGCAUUUGGCUGAAAAGAUGAAGAAGGACAUCCAGCGGGGUCUGGUAUUGAGGAAUGAAAAGUGCCAUGAAAACUACACUACAGAUUUCAUCCAUAGGCUGUAUUCAUCAGAGGGGAAGGGCAUCUUUGACUGCAGAGUCAAUGUGUUGGGACACCUUCAGCAGGGUGGGGCACCUUCUCCCUUUGAUAGAAACUUUGGCACCAAGUUGGGUGUGAGGGCUAUCCAGUGGAUUUCCAAGAAAUUAACUGAAAACUUCCGACAAGGCCGCGUGUUUGCCAACUCACCAGAAACGGCAUGUGUGCUUGGCCUCAACAGGAAGGUCAUCUCAUUCAACUCCGUCUCUGACCUAAAGGAUUUGACUGAUUUUGAGCACCGGAUGCCCAAGGUCCAGUGGUGGUACAAUCUUCACCAAAUGCUAAAAAUGUUGGCCAAGUACCAAACCAGCUUCUGUGAAUAUGUCCCAGGAGAGGUUGAACAUGUGACUCGACGCUCCAUCAGCAUCGACUGUGGCUUCUAGGCUCUCUAAAACUAAAACACACUCUCUGCACUUUUAAACCCUCAUCUGUCCAGCCUUUGUUCAUACGCAGACUACUUCAAAAAUGGUUUUCAAUUUUGCUGCUAUGCAUGUUUACAGGACUGUAAAUAUCAGUCAGUCUUGUCAUGGUCACAGUAGCCACAGAAUGUUAAAUAAUGUAAAAAUGUAAUUCAAGAAUUCAUUUAUUGAAUGAGUCAUUCAGUGCAGAGCAGAUUGUGCUUUUCUUUUUGCCAAGCCUUCGUGUAGUCAAAUCACUGCCAUAAAAGACAAUCAGGUGUGCCAUGAAGCUAAAAUUGAAUUCAUUAACGACUGCAUUUAUUAUAAAAAGCAGAGGGUAUGUGAUGUGGUGUGAAAUAAUAAUAAUAAGUAAAAGUAUGUAUAGUAUGUUCAUGUUAUCCAGCUUAAAUUGAGAGCUAAAUUUUUGGAGACCCAAAAUCCAAAUGUAAAGUGGUUGUUUGGAGAUUGUGAUUGCUGUUAAAGGGGAGACGCUACAUGUGGAUAGGGUAUCAGUUUUAACUAAUGGAUAUCACCAUCAAACUUCCCCAGUUGAUUACUUUCAUACAUUCAAAGUAUUCUUUUGUAUUUCAAGUUUUCUGAAAUGUUUAAAUAUGCAAAUGACUUGUCUUAAUAAAUACGUGCACGCACAUUGGAUAAA